AUGCGGGUUUUACUAGUAAUAUUGAUGUUAGCCACUGCAAUUGUCCUCACAGUAACCCUGACAAUUAUACUGGAAAAUAUGGACAGGAAGGGAGAUGAUGAUCCCUCGGAUUCAUUUGAUGGCAAUUCUUCGGGCUAG